GUAAGUUGUCAUUUCCUGUUCGUUUUGGUUGUUUUCUUUGGCUUCAUCGUUCGAUAUUUUACGGCUGCUUCUUUUGUUUACCUCAAAAGGGGUGAUCAAGUCUUGGGGUCGGUCGCCACGGCGAUUCGGGACUGACAGACGACUACUUUGGGUCUGGGAAUGCCUUCGACUCCAGGUUUGGCCGUCAACAACUUCUGUCGACACCAGAUUCCGCCAUCUACAACUUCCAUCGACUUCACACUCGCUCGUCUUCAAGUUUGUUUGACCUUGGAUAUGGCCGUUGGCGAGCGCCCUUGACAACAGUACAGGCACCGCCAUGUCGCCAGUUUAGAUAUACUCUAGCUGGGCAAAUCGACACAACACCGAUAGGAGCUCCCACUGGGUCCGAAAAUAACAUGCUGGAGGACGACAUCUACUCCGAUGUGGAUUACAAGAGAGCUUCAGCCAUGACAAUCUGCAGAAUACCCUCGACCCUCACACUUUGUCCGCUUCUGAGCACGCCUUGGGGUACAGCAAACCGCAAGAGACCACACCAUCACCUCUCCUUAUGAGACAAGCGGCUGGGGUUAAAAUCUCAGCCACAGCAGCAUCUCAGAGUUGGGAAUGGUUAUCAACAUGCCAUAUACUAACACGUUGUUCUCUAGCAAUAACACAAACGCACACUCCCCCUCUGUUUUUUUACUCUUUUUUUUUUUUUUUUUUUUUUGGAAAAAAAAAAAAAAGAGGCAAGAAAUAUGGGGCGGUCGGGAUAUGACACGACCAACCUGGGCCCGUUCGGCGUCCCUGGCUCUUCGGCCCCACCCCCCCCUCCUCCUCCUCGCGGAGGAUCUGGGGUGGGUGACGGUCCCGGCGGCGGCGGCCGGAAGCGCGCGGCCCCCGGUCAAGGGGGGUCCAGGAAGAGGGCCAAGAAGGCCAAAAAAAACAACGCCGGCGAAGAGGAGGAGGAAGAGGAGGAGGAGGAGAACCCCGCGGUGGCGGCGGUGGGCGGUGGUGGUGGAGAGGCCGGUGCUGGUGGUGCUGACAACGGCGAAAGGAGCGGCGGCUUCGCGGCUGCUGCCCCCGAGCCCGAGCCUUCUCAAGAGCAAGCUUUUGGUGGCUGUGGCGAGGGUGGAGGUGAGGAGAUGACGGAGGAGGAGAUGGCGGCGGUGAUGGAGGCGUGGCGGAGGGAGAAUGGGCUGCAGGAGUGAGCUCCUUGCUUGCUUGCUUACUGGCUGGGUGUGAGCCUCUCCUGGGAUUGUGGUGGUGGUCCUUUUUUGUCUCCCUGCUGGGUCUUGGGCCUGGCGGUUCUCUACUGUGUGGCUGGCUGGCUGGUAUUUUUUGUUUCUUAAAAAAAAAAAACAGGAACGAUAGGACUGGGAAGGGAUCUGGGAGGCGCUGGGGCGCUGGGUUUGGCUGGGGUCUGGUUUGGGGCUCUGUGUUGGCUUGGGCUUUUUCCUCUGGUAUUCUCGGUUCUGAUGUUUUCUGUGGGGAAAUUCUCUCUGGUCUGGGUUAUUUGGGCGGCGGAGCGGCUUUUGUGAUACAGUUUUUUUUAUGGCCUGAGAGAAAAAAGUGAAUAAACCAGGAGGGAGGGGGUUCGUCUUGAGUUAUGGUGUUAUCUUUCUUGUGAAAUGUGUGAUAAUACGUGUGAUUAUGUUUUGAUGUUCUGUUACUUGCUAUGUCGAUUUUUUUUUAUUUUUAUUUUUUUUUUGGCGGGGGGGUGGGCGUUUGUGAGCGCUGCUGAACUUCAACGUCUCCCAAACAUGGGGAUUGGCCAGGAUGACCAUAUUAACUCGCCUCAAGGCAUUAUGAAGAGUGGCGCCCCUUUUUUUUUUUUCGUUUUCGAGUACUUCCAUCGAGAGGUUUUAGGAACACUUUGGUCCCCAUAUCAGCCUAAGAAGACUCAGCCCUCUCAGAGAGCUGGCUCCUAACACUGGGAAACCUGUCUGCCAGUUCUCUUGCGGUUUCUGUAUAGCUUGUUGGGUGCUUGUGGACGUAUAAGCGCGGUCUUGAAGUCGUUGCUUCCAUGGUCAAGUGGUUUGGUGGUCAUUUACAAACAUGAAAGAAAAUCUGUUCACGAGUUCUUCCUUCACGAGUAUUGUAUCCUCUUCCACAUUUUGUCAAGGCUGGAAUUCUGGACGCCCCUUGAGCGAGAUACAUGUUGAAGUGACGACGUGCUCGGAAGGCUAAAGUAGAGUACCUCAGCUCUGUCAAAAGUCACACAACCACAUCACAUCACAGGCCCCAUAACCAACGUUUUACACAAGAUUUUGUCAUUUUAUUACUCCAACACCCCACCUUCAGCAAGGUCUCGAGAGUCUUUUUGCUAAAAAUACAUCGGCUCUGAGCUCUGUUCAUUUUUAAUUGUAUU